AUGUUUGUCCCCAGCCUGAGUGAGAAGUAUCUGCAAGACGGCCACAAAUUGUCUCAACAGGCAAUCCCGCUUGCAGCGCGUUCGUUCGCACGUGAGCUUCGACCUCAGACUGCCUGCUUUCUAUCACAAAGCAAGUAUAUCCAAGACAUUGUUCAAUGCCACUAUAGAGACAAUGGGCCUGCUGAAGCUAUCGGUCUCUGGCAAAAACAAAUGAUCCGUCCAUAUCACCGAGAGAGUACCGCUCGUGCCGGUGUCGAUUAUGCCCUCGAACAUAUCAAAGGCGAAAUGGAACGAGCCUCCCAGGAUAAAGCCUUGCACUUUCCAGCGAAUAGCAUCACACAGGAAAGGAUCGGAGGGUUCGAGCUCGAGUUCCUCCUAACAGAUACUGCGUAUACAAACAGUAGUUAUUCAAAGGACUCGUCGAUAGCUGUACCUAUGAUUGCCAUUGUAUUUGCAUUCCUAUGUAACCGUAGAUGUAACUAUCUUCAGCUGAUGCUAGGACUGUAUCUGUUCAGUAAGGGGGUUCCGUGGAAAGUCAUUACACUUUUAGCGUGCGCAGGUUUGUCGGUCUCCCAUCAGUCCCUCAUCAGAGGCAUCAGAAGACGCCCUCAGUACAACCAAAGGCUCGACAACCAGGGCUCGUUUGAGAGCGGGACCACAGCGACACUCAUUGGCACAAGCGUAGCUACAGAAGAAGAGCGACACACUGAGUCCGCUCACUGUCUCCAGCUUGAACAUUUAAUGCCUACGCUAGCGAACGAAAAGCAUCUUCGGGAGACAAUGCGAUCCCAUCUAGUCAGUGUUCUGCGGAGAAACUAUGAGCUACAAAGGGGUAUCGAUACCUGUUCCAUCGAAGUUGCUACUUCCGGUCAAAGAAACAGAGGCUUUCCCAUUACCUUCAAUGGAAAGAGGGUAUUAAUUGUUAGCGACCAGCUUACAAUGAACAGAGUUCGUUCAGUAAAAAGACAGCGUUGCGACGACGUUUCGACCCAUCACAGGUUCGAGUGGGCGGUCCCUAUCAUACAGCCUUUUCAACCGCAAAUUGAACUUUCUUCAACAAUCUUAUGUACCCACUAUGAUGAUAUAGGAAUCUCUGGAUCAUUAGCACACUAUGCAGCAAAGUUGAGGCGAAAGCGCGUCACCCCUGGUCGGUUUGAUUUUCAUGCAGUAAAUGAGCUUCUCCACAUGUUCGAUGCAAUGGUAAUUCGCGUAUGGGAGUUUGUCCAGGAAUGUAAGUACCUAGAUGAAGGCUCUAUGUUAUUUCCUGCAGAUGUGCUGCAAGAGCUAAGUGAACAGGGUGUGGACAAGAUUGUGGACAGGAUCUUAGAUAUGACCAGCCGACCCCGGCUCAACGGAACUGUGUCUGACAAUGCUGCUCUAUUCAUAAGAGAUAUGUUAAUCUACAUAGAGUUUUCAUCUGCCAUCAAGACCGGGGAUGUUGGACACAUUAGGGAGGUUCUAGUGUGGAUUACUGCCAUUUGUCACGCUGGAGGGGCAAAGAAUUGCGCAUACGAGCUCCUGCAUCCUCAUUGUGGCCUCAAAUACUCCUGGGCCGAGUAGACAAGCCAUGCCGUCAUGUCUUCUUGGGUAGUGAACGCUACAGGACAGGAAAAUAACUGGAUACCUACAGAUCUUUUCCAAGAGCACAAUAAUCUGCUUAUCAAAAAGAUAUGAAUGGCAAACGGAUCUACCUAGACCAAAAGGGACUCGACUGGCAUACUUACGAAGCCUUUUGUCCGAACUGCUGUUACACCUCCAAGAUCGCCUAGAUCUAGGGAAUGACGAUAUUCAUCAUAGUUGUUUACUCCACGACCACAGAUUUUGCGGAAGUUGUUCUACCUUGUUUCGUUUUUUUAUCUUCAAAUAUAC